AUGGGCAUAUGCAUGUCCGCGCCCGACGCCGCCGCGGCGAAGGCGCGCUCGGACGAGAUCGACCGCACGCUCGAGAAGGACGCGAAGCGCCUCAAGCGCGAGUGCAAGAUCCUCCUCCUCGGCGCGGGCGAGUCCGGCAAGUCGACGAUCGUCAAGCAGAUGAAGAUCAUCCACCAGGACGGCUUCUCCAGGGACGAGCUCUGCGCCUUCCGCUACACCGUCUACGCGAACCUGCUCGACAGCGCGCAGGCGGUCGUCCUCGCGAUGCGCAAGUUCGGCGUCGACUGCGUCGUCCCCCAGAAUAGGUCGAAUUCGGAUAGGAUAUUGGACUAUAAGAUUGAGAAUUCGCCCGCGUUUGUGUUCUCGGAGGACGUCGCGCAGGCGAUACACGAGCUGUGGAAGGACCCGAUCAUACCCCGCCUCAUGGACUACAGCAGUAAUUUCUACCUGAUGGACAAUGCGAGCUAUUUCUUCCAAGAAGCACCGCGGAUAGGCGCGAGCCACUACGUGCCGACGGAGGCGGACGUGCUGCGCGUGCGCGCGAAGAGCACGGGCGUGACCGAGACGCGAUUCAGCAUCGGGCAGCUAUCAAUACACAUGUUCGACGUCGGCGGGCAGCGCUCGGAGCGAAGAAAGUGGAUACACUGUUUCGAGAGCGUGACGAGCAUCAUCUUCUGCACCGCGCUCAGCGAGUACGACCAGGUGCUCUUGGAGGAGAACAAGCAGAACCGGAUGGAGGAGUCGCUCGUGCUGUUCGAGAGCGUGAUCAACUCGCGGUGGUUCCUCCGCACGUCCAUCAUACUUUUCCUGAACAAGAUCGACGUGUUCAAGGCGAAGAUUCCAAAGGUGCCACUGGCGAAGUACUUCCCCGAGUACACGGGCGGCGCAGAUAUCAACAAGGCGACGAAGUAUAUCCUGUGGAAGUUCAUGCAGGCGAACCGGGCGCGGCUGAGCGUGUACCCGCAUGUAACACAGGCCACGGAUACGCGGAAUAUCCGGCUCGUGUUCGCAGCUGUGAAGGAGACGAUAUUACAGAACGCGCUCAAGGACUCGGGGAUAUUAUAGCGAGCCCGGGUUCCUUCCUCUCCCCUCUUUCGUGUUUCCCGUCCCUCCCGUCUGCUUCGCCUCGUCCCUCGUCCAUUUCGCCUGCUUCAUUGUGACGCCACGCCAUGACCGCCACGCUCCCACCCCCCUCCC